AUGGCGGCGAAAACGAGAUUCAGCAAUGCCCACACCGGCGAGCCGGCUACUUUGGCGGAAGUAUGCAAGUUAGCAUGGCAUACAUUCUAUGGAAUGCAAAAAGCGUCCGAAGACUUUGAGAACCUUCGUUUCGAGAUCUGGACCAUCGCAAUCAGUGUAGAUUCGUUACACAGCGUCGGAACCACAUCAACGCUCAUCGACCGACAACCAGACAAGGCACGCUGGGCAUUGACCUUCUCCAAAAUCCUGACAUCUUUGAGCUCGGCACUACGACCAUUGUACAGCCUUGUCAGACUAUACCUCUCAACUCCAGCCAAGGAUCGUGGAGUCAUCAGGAACUGGCUCAAACAUCCCGAGCAGACUUAUGAAGGGGUCACGAUACAAGAUUUCCGGAGAAAGCUUUCCAUGUUGGUCGAAAGCCUGAACGUGUUCCUAUCAUGUCUCACACACGCCGAGCUUGCCAGGGCGAGAGAGCGGUCAGAAACCGAGGAGUGGCAGGUCCUCGCCGAAGUCAGCCAGAAUGUCCUUCACAAAUGGGAUCAAGACGUGGUUCAAGGCAUCAGGCGGCCGUCGGACAAGGCCUCACAACACAAUGAGACUGCUGCAUACGUCAACGCCAAUAGCAGAAGCUAUAUGACGCCGCUGUUGGAAAACGAAUCACAAGGACCUGGCUUGCAACUACCCAAGACGUCUUCAUCACCUCCGAAACCGAGACACGAACGGCAAGGCCACCAUCCCGGCGGCGUCAUGGAUCUCGACGACAUUGAGCACGGAUUCCGAAGCCACAUGCACGCCAUGCGUCGUAUACGUGAACAGCUCCGGCAACAAAAAGUAAACAACAACCACCUCUCCGACCAAAGUUCCCAGCAUUUCCCAGAAGUCACCAGCAACACCAUCAGUCAUCACACAGCCUUCAAUUCCCCUCCAACACCGAUCACCCCGGCUCUACACCGCCAUGCAACUGACUCAACACAGUCGACACAGACUGACACCUCCGCAGAGUAUGCAGACGCCUCCAGCAGCGGUGCCCGCUCUGCUCAGAGCUCCGAGACUGGCAGCGUGGUUUCAGCGUACCAGAAUUCGCGGGACGAGGACAUCAAGCCUGCACCGGCCCCGUCUUUCUCAACAUACCGGCGAUCGUCGUCAGAGAGGGAAAGGAAACGCAAGAGACGGACAGAGUUCCGAUUCAAGAUUGGCCUGGAGGACGAGAAUUCUCCGUCCAAUGACAGCUCCGGGUCAGAUGAGGUCGAUGAUCGCUUGAGGCCGAAAUCACCGUUGGAGCAGUUGUUGACUACAGCACUGUUCUUCGAUCAGUGA